AUGAAUUUUAAUUAACAAUAACGAUUUCAUAAGAAACCAUAUUCCUAAUUUGAUCUCCACACUGAUAGGCCUUCCAAGAUGCCGUCCUUUAUGAAGUCAUCUGGAAUUAAUUCAAACUUUAAGGAGAAUCAGGAUCCUAUUCAAUAUUCAAAUAUUUCUAUAAUCAAGGAAAUUCAGGACAUUGAAAAAAUGUAUUAAGACAAAAUUGAGUCCCUAAAAAAACUCAAUGCGAAGUUGAUGUCAACUAUUGAAUUUAUGGAAAAAACUCUUGAAUAAUAAAAGAGUAUGCUAUAAGAAAAAUAACAAAUUAUUAUGAAACAACAAAAUGAACUUUCUUAAUAUCGCUAGAUCCUUUCGCAAAAUACUCAAGUCAAUAUUAAGAACUUAAAAACAGAAAUCGAAGAUGAGAAAAUUAAAACAGAAAGAUUACAUUAUGAAUUAAAGGAUUUUAAAUAUAAGUUUGAAAAAGAAAAACCAUUGGUGCAUUUAUUCAAAAAGAUUGAAUAAACUUAAGAAGAAUAUAAUGAAUAAAAUAAACUAUUUAUGAAAGAAGUCCUGCAGCUACUAGACAAACCUCGAAGUCAAUCAUUUUAUCGAUAACCCUCUAAGUAGCAUAUAAAGAAAUCCUCAUUUUAUAAUUGA